GGAGGGGGUAUGGCUCCGUGGCUGUGGUAACUAGUGACGACACAGCAAAAAACUAUAUUUUUACCCCGCAUUAUUUCAUUUCGGGGAUCUUUAUUAUCCACCCGCACAGUAGGUGGCGGAAUACACAUAUAAUUGUUGCGAACGCCAUUAUAUCAAAGAAGUAGAAGGAGAGCAAUCUUUGGUACCUGAUUGGUCACUACACUGACAAUACUUCCUGAAACAAUACAUGUUGCAACAGCAAGUAUACGUUUCAGUAGUUUAGGGUUCAAAUCAACUAAAGAAAUCACAAUGGAUGAUCGUGAGCUUGAUCUCACCGAGUCACAGAAAGCUACCAAGUCGAAAUACCCGGCGAUCAACAAGAAGUAUGAGUAUUUGGACCACACUGCUGAUGUACAGCUCCACUCUUGGGGAGACUCGCUGGAGGAGGCCUUUGAGCAGUGUGCCAUGGCAAUGUUUGGGUAUAUGACAGAUACAGAGACGGUGGAGCCCAUUGACACAGUAGAAGUGGAGUCAGAAGGUGAUGACAUGGAAUCUCUUCUCUUCCACUUCCUAGACGACUGGUUAUUCAAAUUCAGUGCAGAUCUUUUCUUCAUUCCCAGAGAGGUUAAAGUUUUGCACAUUGACAGGAUGCACUUCAAAAUCCGCUCCAUUGGGUGGGGAGAAGAGUUCAACUUGGUCAAGCAUCCACAGGGGACAGAAGUGAAGGCCAUCACUUACUCAGCCAUGCAGAUCCAUGACAUCGACAAGCCCGAGAUCUUUGCCAUCAUUGACAUCUGAGGAUACUACUACUGAGAAACGGUCCCAGAAGGGAACAGGACAAUAGAAACAAACCUAUAUGUGCCUGUGUGAUUGAUUUAGGGCAACAGCAUAGGCUUUGAAAAUUUACAUUUGAUUUAGGGCAACAGCAUAGGCUUUAAAACUGGAUGAGUGAAGUGUAAUAUUUCCCUGAAUUUUAAUUGUUUACAGACAGAUAUCCAGAGAGCAGCAAACAUCAGCAGCAGCAGAGUAACUGCUCAAGAUACACUACAUGACCAAAAGUAUGUGGACACCUGCCCGUCAAACAUCUCAUUCCAAAAAUAACGGGCAUUAAUAUGGAGUUGGUCCCCCCUUUGUU